GUAAAAUGAAAGCAAAAGAAAAAGAGAAAAGAAAAGAAAAAUGGUGGGACCCACCUUACCAUUCUUUUUAAUUGUCUUUAAACUAUUUUGGCAGAAUGAAGCUCUCAUUCUUUUUCUCUCUCGUCAAAUACUCUCCAUCUGUUUUUGUUUUUCUUUUUUUUUUUUUCUUUUCUUGAGCUUCAAAUAUUCUCCUUCAUUUUCCGGCCAAACGGUCGGGUUUCCGGUCAUGGCUCCUUGAUAGAAAAUGUUCAUCUCGUCGUUCUCUAUCAUAUAGUCAAAGGAUUUAAUUUUCUGAGGAGUGGUGAUUAUUUUACGAAUUUUUGAAAUUUUCCGAUCUAAGGCUUCGGAUGGGGUUUUGGGCCACUUGGAGUCGGAUUCCAGAGAUGACCCUUUGGAACAGUAGAAUCACCUCGUCGAUGGCUACGUUCCCACAGAACAGUUUUCCGUUCCGCCUUUGACCGGCGUUGACUUUUGUUGACCGGCGUUGACUUUUGUUGACCAGCGUUGAAUUUUCCGGCCGGGGAUAUAUUUUGGCUACUUUUGAGGACACGAAUGACAAGUGAUGGACGACGCUCCUCCACAGGGUUCGAUGGGAAAGAAUGGUGUUGUCCCUAGUUAAUCUCGGGUUCGAUUAAGGACCCAAAGAAUGGUGUUGUCCCUAGUUAAUCUCGGGUUCGGUUAAGGACCCGACUAACGGUUCGGACCUACGGAUUCGGGUUGUCACAGAGUAGUAGCUAGGCAUGGGUGGGAGCAAAAAAAUGCGACUGCAAAUGUCCAUCAUUUACUCUCUACUAUUCUUCCUAUUAAUUAAGGAAGCAGCCUCUAAUUCUUAUUCUAUGGUGAAGCCCGAUUGCCAAGAGAAAUGCGGGAAUAUGAGCGUUCCAUAUCCAUUUGGCAUAGGGAAAGGAUGUUACCGGAACAAGAUGUUUGAAGUCAAUUGCAAUGACUCAUCGCACCUAGCGAUUCUCCCCCACUUCGGAGAAUCAGAGGUGUUGCAGAUCUCCAUGGAUUAUGUCCGUGUUCGUGGUCAUUCCAAUCUUGUUAGUUGUUCGUCUGGACUUAGUGGUUCAUCAUAUUCGGAAUUUGGUUGGGACCAACUGUUCCUGUUCGGUCUCUCGCAGAGCCAGAAUAAGUUGGUAGCCAUGGGAUGUAACAUAUUUGCUUAUCUCACUGAUAUAAACGAUUAUACCACCUACAUAACUGGAUGCGCAUCCGUUUGCUAUAACACGGGUAGGACCAUCGAUUCUUCUUGCUUCGGCUAUGGUUGCUGCCAGACUAGUCUUCCAAAUGAACUCGUCUCUUUCAAGGUUGGCGCCACUUACAUCAAUACAGAGGCACCGUCACGGAACUCCAGCCCCUGCAGCACAUCUUUCAUUGUCGAAAACAACUUCUCAGAAUUCAACAAAUACCUCAACAUCUUCGAUAACGGUACUGAGCUGGAUGUGUUGCCUGGUGUGCCCCUGGUGUUUGACUGGGCAAUUGGGAAUGUCUCUUGUCACGAAGCUCGCGCAAGAAAAGACUAUGCAUGUGGCCCCAACAGUAACUGCAUUGAAUCCAAUAUCAUUAAUGAUGGCGCGAAGUAUCGAUGUCGUUGCUCUCAUGGUUACCAAGGGAACCCUUACCUCCCCGAUGGAUGUCAAGAUACUGACGAGUGCAAAGAUCAGAAAAAGGAUAUUUGCCCAAUUGGUGCCCUAUGCAAAAACACAGAAGGUAGUUACUCGUGCGUUUGCCCACCUGGUUCCCACAGCAUUAAUGGAAAUGGAACUGGAUGCAUACCUAACCAAGGGAGACGAUCAUUACAACUCGUUAUGUCUUUAGGCAUUGGAAUUGCCAUUGGCAUUCUACUCUUGAUUGCUAUUGGUUUAUGGUUGUACCGUAAAUUUGAGAAGAGACGGAAAAACAAAAUCAAACAGAAGUUCUUUAAGAGGAACGGAGGUUUGCUAUUACAACAACAAAUCUCUUCAAGUACAGAAAGUGUGGUGAAAACAAAACUCUUCAUAGCAGAAGAGUUAGAGAAGGCCACAGAUAAAUUUAACGAAAGUCGAAUCCUUGGUAAGGGUGGACUUGGUACAGUUUACAAAGGGAUGAUAUCAGAUGGAAGCAUAGUGGCUGUUAAGAAAUCUAACAUAGUUGAUGAAAAUCAAGUCGGCCAAUUCAUUAACGAAGUUCUUAUCCUUUCACAUAUAAAUCAUAGAAACAUUGUCAAAUUGUUAGGUUGCUGCUUGGAAACUGAAGUUCCAAUACUAGUGUAUGAAUAUGUCUCGAAUGGCACCCUGUCCGACCAUCUUCAUGAUGAGGGCUAUGUUCCGAUGGCUUGGAUUAAUCGUUUGAGUGUUGCAGGAGAAAUUGCUGGAGCACUUGCCUAUUUGCACUCGUGUGCUUCUACAGCUAUCAUUCAUAGGGAUAUAAAGUCUAGCAACAUACUAUUGGACAAUAAUUACAGGGCCGUGGUGUCCGACUUUGGAAUUUCAAGGUCGGUACCCCUUAAUAAAACUCAUUGGACGACAUUGGUCGGGGGCACAUUUGGUUACUUUGAUCCCGAGUACUUUCGAUCAGGGCAACUUACUGAUAGAAGUGAUGUUUAUGCCUUCGGUGUAGUUCUUGCCGAACUUCUAACAGGAAAAAAAGCUAUCUCCGCUGAUGGAUCUUAUGAAGAAGGUCUUGCACUUCAUUUUCGAUCAUCACUGAAACAAAAUAGUCUGUUUGAAGUUCUAGACACACAAGUUGUCAAUGAAAGCCAAGACGAGGAAAUUCAUGUCGUUGCUACCCUUGCCAAGAGAUGCCUAAAAAUGAAUGCGAAGAAAAGGCCAAGUAUGAAAGAAGUGGCAGCAGAAUUGGACCAAUUGAGAAGGAUACAAGAGCUGCCAUUGAUUCGUCAGAACAGCCUGGACAACAACGACUUGGUGAGUGAAAGGUCCUCCUCUUACACAAUUGAUGCAGUUGAAGAAGAAAGUUAAUGAUAUGAAAUGUUUCUUAUGGUCAAAUUCCAAGGUACUAGAUGUAAUGAAGUUUCUAUUUUCUUUUCUGAACAAUAAUAGGGGUUUAAGGAGGAUUGUCAGAUCAGUUUUUUUCGGUUUUGAAUAACUGCAAUGAUUGAUUGACUAUCACCUUUGUUCAGUGUGUAAUUUUGAAAGCUUGUACGGAUAUCGUAUUAAAACUAUUUAAGAUAUCGAGCAGCUAAAUUUGUGUUUUACUAGUGA